AUGCUGGAAUGUGGGUACGUUGACGGGAUAGAGCUACGAGGUCGCACAAAUACUAAAAAGAAGAAAGGUACACAUCGCCUGCCUACAAGAGACGAGAUGGAAUGGAACGCUCGGGAGUUAGGAGAGGGAUACAAAAUACGACAGGAAGAAAAGCUAAUUAUUGGGGUGGACUUCAACGCCCACAUAGGAAAAGAUCGUCUCGGGUAUGAACGAAAUCAUGGAGGUUAUGGGAAUGGUCUGAAGAACAAGGAAGGGGAAAAACUUCUCCAAGUAUCUCAAGCAUAUGACAUGGCGAUCGUUAACACUUAUUUUCAAAAGCGUGAAGAUCAUAUUGUGACUUAUAGAAGUGGAAAGCAUUUUAGUCAAAUUGACUAUCUGCUUAUACGGCGAAAGGAUUUAUGGAGGAUCAAAGAUUGCAAAGUAAUACCGGGAGAAGAAAUCGCCAUGCAACAUCGUUCACUUGUCAUGGAUCUUGAAAGAAAAGGGUUUCCGGAAAGAAGAAAGGUUUAUGAACUUCGAAAUAGGUAUGAAAUGCUAAAGGACAUGCCGACGAACGAUAAAUACCAUCAGAAAGCCUCCACACUCUUGGGUGCCAGGAAGUUAGAAAGAAACGUAGACGACGAUUGGGAGACGCUAACUGCAGGCAUAAAGGAAACGGCGAUUCAGAUUCAAGGACAGACCAAAGGAGGCAAAGCUUUGAAUAGGGAACUAUGGUGGUGGGAUCAAUCGGUUAGGGAUUUCAUCGAAAGAAAGAAAAUUCUAUAUAGACGGUGGCAUAAAUCUAAAAAGUCGGAGGAUUAUCAAGAAUAUAGGGAGGCAAAGAGAGCCGUGAAGAAGGCCGUUGCAGAAGAAUGCUUACACCGAGAUGGCAAACAAACUAUGUACAAAUUGGCCAAGAUAAGGGAGAAGAAAAGUCGCGAUGUCGAGUCCUUAAAAUAG